AUGAGGUAUGCGGUCAGAAACCCAGCCCUUUGGUGGAUGUCCAAAGCAGUGUCUCCAUGUCAACAGACAAACAAUGUUCGGGCACUCGCUGCCUUUCGAACUCGGCAAUUCAGCUCCACAUCGACAUAUGCGUCCAAGCUCCAUCUGAGGGAUCCUUUCUUGGAGAAUUUGGAGCCCUUGAUUGAGGGCCGAUACUCGGCUCUUCGAGAUACAUACCUCAAGCCAAAACACCCGAUAGUGCUGGCGCAUGGUCUGUUAGGAUUCGACGAGUUGAGACUGGGCGGGAAAUAUCUUCCGCCAAUACAGUAUUGGCGGGGUAUCAAGAAGGCGUUCUCCCAGCAGGGAAUUGAUGUUAUUACGGUUCCUGUCUUGCCUUUAGGGUCCAUUGAGCAACGAGCCAAAGCGCUUUCGAGUGGGAUUGAGGCUCAGAUUCAGGGCGAGGCAGUGAAUAUUAUUGCGGGACUGGACUCCCGCUAUAUGAUUAGCAAGCUUCGCUCUAUGAGGUUCCGCGUUUUAUCACUGACUACGAUUUCAACCCCUCAUCGAGGGAGUGCAUUUGCAGAUUAUGUCUUUGGGCAGCUUGGAGAGAAACGAGUCACAGUUAUAUAUAGCGUCCUCGCACGGUUAAACAUCGAAUCGGGGGCAUUCAUGCAACUCACUCGAAAAUAUAUGCAGGAAGAAUUCAAUCCGAAUAUUCCGGACUGUGAUGAUGUGAGGUACUUUUCGUACGGGGCAUCAUUAACCCCUAGUAUAUGGUCUUUGUUUCGCCAGUCACAUCGGAUAAUCGAGCAGGAAGAAGGCCCGAAUGACGGGUUGGUUAGCGUUCGAAGCAGCAAAUGGGGAGGCCAAGGAGGUUAUAAAGGCACCCUCAUCGACGUUAGUCAUUUUGACUUGAUCAACUGGACCAACCGUUUCCAGUGGCUCGUCUCUGACUUAAGCGGGGACAGGAGGAAAUUUAAUGCUCUCGCCCUAUAUCUGGAUAUUGCUGGUAAGGUCACCCGUCCACCAGUGGCAUUUAGAUCAGGCUAA